AUGAUGCUGCGACGGGCAGCUUCAGCGCCCCACCAGUUCGUUCGAGCACAGCAUACUAGCGCACAUCUCCAGCCGCUGAUCGAUACUGUGCGUACGCGCGACUAUGCAGCGUACCUUUCUCAUGUUGCAUACCCGCCGCGCUUACAGCCGCAUUUCUGGGCCCUCCGUGCAUUUCACAUCGAAUUAGCUUCGAUCAAAGAUGCUGUGAGCAACGAACUCGUUGGGCGCAUACGCAUGCAGUGGUGGCGCGAUGCUAUAGAGGGAGUGUACGCGAACCGACCGCCCAAGCACCCGAUUGCGUUAGGACUCUGCGACGCCGUCAUGGACCCCGCGGUCAUGAAGCAUGGCUCCCUCGUGAAGGACCACUUUCUGCGCAUCAUCGAUGCUCGUGAAGCUGACCUGGCAGAGCCACUCUCGCCACCCACACUCGAGGAACUCGAGACCUAUGCCGAGGCCACGUCAUCACGCAUACUCUAUUUACUUUUGAAUCUGCAGGGCAUCUCCGAGUCGACCGUAGAUGUGCUCUUUUCACAUCUAGGCAAGGCCAUGGGUCUUGGUAUUUUUGUGGCCUCGUUGCCCCGUCACACCCACCCCCCACCCCUUCCUGCAUCUCCAACGGCUGGUCCGGGGGGUGGCAUGUCUCGCUACGCACGCCAGGCAGGCGGUGUGCCACGCACGCCCACCUUGCCUCUACCCCUCGAGUAUAUCAUGGAUGCAGGCGUAUCACAGGAGGAUGUGUAUCGACACGGUCCUCACGCACAUGGUCUCAAGGAUGCUGUGUUUGCCACGGCAACACGUGCGAACGACUACUUGAUCACAGCUCGCUCCAUUAUCCGGGAUGAGCUGCAUGGCCAUGUGCCAGCUCAGGCUGUAGCUCCUAUGCUAUUGCUGAUCCAGACGCGUCGAUUCUUGGAAAAACUGGAGGUGGUUGACUUUGACCCUUAUGAUAGUCGAUUAUCACGACGUGAUUGGCUCUUGCCUUGGCAUAUGUGGCUCGCUACACGUCGACAGUUCAUAUGA